ACAGAGGAUGCUGUGCGUAUAUAUAUUUACCUCCAUGGUUGUGUUAAGUGUCGCAUCGAACAGUUUUGUGCAAUUCAUGCCAAUUAGUAAAUUAGAAUCGGGCUCUGAACUCGUGUACAGCAAUCCCUCAAUUUGGGCAAGAAAUCGGAUCAAGGAGCAGUGUCUUCUUCACUGUAAACUCGACGAGGAAUGUGAAGUUACUACAUUCAACGCCACAAGCAAGGGGUGUAACUUUUACAGAGACGUGGCGAUCAGCCUUCGAAACACGGACACAAAGGACGUGAUCACAGGAUGGUGGAAAGUUAAGUCUUGCCCGCCUGGCUGGGAACAGUUUGAGAAGUCGUGUUAUUUAUUUCCAAACGAGACCAGAACGUGGGAAUCGGCAUCGCAGCAUUGUGCACAUGUCGGCGGCUACCUGGCAACUGUUAACAGUCAGCGGGAACAAAAUUUCAUUACUGGCACCAGACUAUAUCAGAGAGAUCGUCUCUUUGUUGGAGGAAGAAGAUCCAAAGACGGUAGCUUUCAAUGGGUAAACGGCGAAUCCAUGGAGUUUACUCUUUGGAGGAAAGGGGAGCCGAACAAUCGCGGUGGAAUAGAGGACUGUCUGGUUUUAGGCGGUUCAACGGAGGGUCUGUGGAAUGAUACACCGUGUAAUCUUACCAUAACAACUGUAUGUGAAAAGGCAAUGUUCGUGUAGGUGUAAAAAUGUGUAACUUUAUAUUCGUUUGUUUUCAAUGUGUUUUUUUUUAAAUUUUAUUUUGCAUUUGUCAAUUAAUUUCUCGUGUGUAUUAUAAAUAAUAAAUAUUGGAAUCCGA